CCACGGCGGUGACUCGGCACGGAGAGACGCGCGGAGAGGCCAUCCGAGACCGCUACAGGUGACCGUCAGCGGCGACAAGAACGGACGUCAUGUCAGACCACCUCCCGCCGUCGGACGGCCGCCGCUACAGGAGCCGUCUGCCGCGGGAGCACAUCCUGGGCGACGACUUCAACAUGUGGUCGGUGCUGAAGGGCGGCAUCGGCAAGGAGCUGACGAAGGUACCGAUGCCGGUGAGCUUCAACGAGCCGCUGAGCUUCCUGCAGCGGAUGGCGGAGCUGAUGGAAUACUCGGAGCUGCUGCAGCUCGCCGCCGGCCAGGAGGACAGCGUCAGCCGCAUGGAGUUGGUGGCGGCAUUCGCUGUGAGCGGUUUGGCCUGUAACUGGGGCCGCACUGCCAAACCGUUCAACCCACUGCUCGGGGAGACCUACGAACUGGAGAGAAAUGGCUUCAGGAUGGUGUGUGAGCAGGUCUCUCACCACCCACCCGUCUCGGCCUUCCACGCCGAGGGCGACCAGUACCAGUUUCACGGCUCGGUUCAUCCCAAACUCAAGUUCCUCGGACGUUCCCUGGAGAUCAGCCCGCGAGGCACACUGGCCGUGGAACUACCCGGUCAUGAAGAGACGUACACGUGGAGCAACGUCAACUGCUACGUGCAUAACGUGGUGGUGGGGAAGCUGUGGGUGGAGCAGCAGGGGACCAUGACCAUCACCAACCACAAAACAGGAGAUACGUGCACUCUCGUGUUCAAGUCAUCUAGCUCCUCGAAGUCGUCUCAUCGGGUAGAAGGCUUCAUUCAAGACAGAAAGAAGACGCGGCACCGGUUCCUCUACGGGAAAUGGACUGAGUACCUGAGAAGCAUGGACAUUGAAUCCUAUGAAAACAAUCUCUCUUUGAGCGAGCAGAGACUCGGCUCGAGCCAGGAGACGGAGCGGCGUGCGGGUCUGUCGCCGAUCCAUGGGCCGCGGAAGAUGUUCUCACGACUCAACAGCAUCACUACGGCUCCGUUCCGCAGUCACUCAGAUAGAGAGUUGAACGUGGAGCAUGACUCUCCGGACGACCCGUCGGCCGAAGGAGCCCUGAGCCGCAGCAGCUCAGGUCACUCGCUGGGCUCAGCCGGCAGCCGGACCCUGUGGCAGGCCGAGCCGCCGCCGGUGGACGCCCACAAGUACUACCACUUUACACGGUUCGCCAUGUCGCUCAACGAGCUACUGCCCGAUAUGGAGCUCUGCAGGACCGACUCGCGGCUGCGGCCGGACAUCAGAGCUCUCGAGUCGGGAGACACGGAGAAGGCAGGCGCUGAGAAGGCGAGGCUGGAGGACAAGCAGCGACGCGCUGGGAAGGCCAGAUCCAAGCGCAAACAGGCGUGGACACCGCGGUAUUUUCAGCUUUGCAAAAGUGCCGACACGAAUAUAGAAGACUGGACGUAUAUGAACAAUUUUUGGGAAGAAAAGAACACUACAGAUGUUGACAUAUUCUAGAUGGAUAGCUUCAACGUGACAACGAAAGACAAACAUUGUCAUAGAAAAAAUGUCCAUGCACUUGACGAUGCUGUUUAGAAAACGACAUAGUGCUUUGUUGUAUCGUAAUUUAUAUCAAUAUGUAAAGCGCCGUGGUUGUUUGCUAUCAGUGAUGGGUAGCUAUGUGUGGCGGCUUCUGGUGCAUUUGUGGUGAACUGGGUCUGAGAACUGUUUUGCAAUGUGACUUUGUAUCUUAGCUUUAUAAUACUGCAUUGCGCCAUGUGACAAUUGGUCUCAGCAUUUGGGAGCAUUUCAUUAAGCGAUAUUGCAUAGUGGAAAAUAAUGAUUUCAUCUUAUCACGGAUAUCCCAAACAUCAGACCAAUCCGGAACGAAGUUUUUACAGGUAAUUUUUUCUAAAUGUGGCAAUGGGACCAUGGCAGCGAAAACAAAUGUUUUAUUCUUAUAAACUGCCGGUUGUUUUGCACCAGUGUGCCCGACAGCUCAGAAAUUCUCAUAUCAUUAUGGUUUCUAGUGGACGAAUGCUCUUAGAAAGUUGUCAUUUACAAUUGUUUGACCUUGAUAAAAUGGCAUUAAAGCUACAUAUUGCGCCAUUUUUAUUCAUUCAAAGUAGUAUUGAAGUAAAAAACGUUGCAGUUAUUUAGAACUAUUAAAGUCUUUGCAGUUUUUAUUAUCUAGGGAAGAAAAAUAUCGCUAAAACUCAACGUACUUUGCAAUAAUUCAUUCUAGUCAGUGCAAUAAGACUCACUAAAUGUUCAGUUACAUGAAAAAUGUGAAUAUUUAUGUGAAAAUGUUACAACACGGGCGCGCACAGAAUGGACCAGUAUGUAGGUAUUGGGUAAUGAUCGUGUCGUUAUCAUAAAGAGGAUGUCUAACAUCGAAAGAUUCCCUUUAACAUUCAAGAGCAACAAUGUACAGGGUGUCCGGAAAUUGAUUGCACACGGUCCAUAUGCCCGUAUCUCGCACAUGCUCCCGCCAAACCGGUUAGGAAGGGUCGCGACCCCGCCCCCGGGCACCCCAGCGUGUCAGUUAAUCACGUGACCCAGCAGGUGACCUGACCCGAGCCGCAGUGAGCGGCCACAGGUCAUUUUCCGAGAGGCAGUCUUCGCGCGCGGGCCCCAUAUCGGGAAUGGUGAGGGAGCACACUUUGACGACGCGCCACCGCGCGGUUGGGAUGGUUCAAGCCGGGAUGACGGUAGGCGAUGUUGCCCGACAAGUGGGCGUAUCUCGCCGGACCCUUCAUUACUGGCUAGCUCUCGACCGCAGCGGUGCAUCACUGGAGAAUCGUAAAGGUCGUGGGAGAAAGACUGCUGAGCAGAGUGGCCAAAAUCGUGCUCGCCAAGGCCGUGCUGAAACGACGCCAAUCGACGCGGAAACUGGCCAAAAAGCUGACUGAGAAGGGUCAUCCGGUGUCGAAGACCACUGUUCACCACUACAUGACCAAGUGCUUGGGUCUCAAGCCGCUAAAACUGCGCCGCCAGCCAAAACUGACCGAAGCCCAGAAGCGGAAAAGGCUGGCAUUUGCCCGGGAGCGGAAGAACUGGACCAUCCAGGACUGGCGGCGCGUCUUGUUCAGCGAUGAGUCGGUGUUCGAGCUCAUGCACCCGCCGAAUCGCCAGAACGAGCGCGUCUGGGCGCACAGCAGCGCUGAAGUGCCUGCCAUCGACACGGUGAAGCAGCCGCUGAAAGUCAUGGUCUGGGCCAUGAUGAGUCAUCAGGGCCUGUCGGAGCUCCACUUCGUCCCCCGCGGCCAGACAGUGACGGCCCAGUACUACGUGGAGGAGGUCCUGAAGAAGUCGGAGCGUCGGCGAUGAAGCGGAAGAGGAAGACGGGACCGCCAACACAGGUCGAGCUGCUCCCGAAGAUGUCCGAGGCGAUCUUCCAGCAAGACGGCGCUCCGGCUCAUCACGCCACCAGCACUCAACAGUGGUGCCGGGACAACCUCCCAGGGUUUUGGGAGAAGGGUGUAUGGCCGGGCAACAGCCCUGACCUGUCGCCCAUCGAGAACGUGUGGGCUAUCGUGCAGAGCGAGCUCGACAUGAUGGAGCCGGCUACCACCGAGAAGGCGCUAAUCAGGAACCUCCAGCGAGCGUGGCUCGGCAUCAGUGCGGGGACACUGGAUAACCUCAUGUGCGGCAUGCCCGACCGCAUGAGGGAGUGUGUGCGACUGGGUGGAGGGUAUAUCGGCAAAUAAACCAUGAAACAUGCUCGUUUUGUUUCCUUGUCAAAUGUACUAAAAGAGUGUGCAAUCAAUUUCCGGACACCCUGUACCUACUACGAUCAAGGGAGAUAAGGGAUCAUAGCUAAAAAAAAAAAAAUGCGUCGCUUCAUGAGCCAUAUCAUUUCUGGCAAAAAGUUUGUAGAUUUCACUUAUCCCGGACAAUCAUACAUUCCUGCAACUUCAACACGGGGACCGAUCGCCGUUAUGUAUGAAUGUACAGGGACGCGGCGUUUGCUAGUUUGAACUGUGUGUAUAUGCUAGUAUAUUACACAAGGAGGUGGUGUUCCUGGUGAGGUCAUAUCCGUGGCCCGGCUGUAUGUACAAUGUACAGCUGGUGUUGCUGACUCGAGCGCCGAGCGCUGUCAAGCUACAUUUGUGUGUGUAAUUGUGUGUGUGAAAUGUUGCAUAGCGGGCACUGAGAUGUGAAGAAGAAUGCGUGACCACGGAACCAGCCACCUGAAUGUAUUUGUAUGUAAUGCUGGCUAGGCUGCCGGUAUGCUGUUGUAGAGUGUUUUGUUAUGUAAGCGUCAUACACAGUUACGUUGUUGAACAUUAUGUGAUUUAAUGAACAAAGCAUUUACUUGAGCGUAAGACAUGUGAAGUCAGUAUUUACAAAAAUACAGUACUUUUGUAAGGUAUUUUGUAUUUAUAAAGUCAACAGUUCAUUUGUUUUAGAAAUCAGCGACAUAUUCAGCGUGCACACUCGUUAUUGUUUCUAAAGCUGCCAUUGUUGUUGUAAAUCGAAAAGGGAAAGCUAUGUAUGUACAAGCCAUAUUCCAUACAAG